CCGUUGGCUUUUGUUGUGAUACGGCAGCGCCUCCGAUACGCCUCCGCGAUAGUUUGAUUUUUACGCAAAUUGCAAGCAAAAUAUCGCAAAAACAACGCGUUAAAUGUCUAAAGCUAAAAACCCGGAAGAAGAUGAUGAUGAUUGUGACGACGAUUGGUUCAACAAGGAUGAAGAUGAUUUUGUUGUAAACAUACCUAACAAAUCUGCUGCUGCUAAGGGCAAUGGUGAUGAUGAAGGAGGCGCCAAAGAAGAAGCCACCGGACCGGGAACGUCCGUAAGGGAAAUGUUGGACAAUUUAAAGUUCGCCCUGAACGACGAAGGUGGCAAUUAUGUGGACUCGAUCAAGCCCGCCGCAUCGAGUCGAACGGCCAAGUUCGAGCUACCGAAAGGUGCGCCCGGCAAGUACGUACAAACCAUUCCACUAACGAAGCUUACCAACAUACUGGAAAACGAAACACUGUCAAUGUUUGCCGAUAUUUACGUACAGAGGGAAGAAUUUCUCGCCACGCUGACGAAGAAAACGUACGGCGAAGAGUUGCUGCUGGUGUUGAUGAAAAUUAUGAACAGACUCAGCACGAUUCCGCUGUACGAAACGGUCAAGCAGCUGUUUGAGAUAUUGGUGGGUCAGCCACAAUUUUGGGACCAACUGCUCAAGUUUUUCCAGCAACCGGCCGAAGGAGAAAAGAAAAAGAAGAAAAAAAGCAAAAUUGUUCGUCCGACCAUUUCGCGGAUUGAUAUGAUGGAUGUGCUGUUGAAGUUUGUGGCCGAAACAAAACUACACCUGCCGCUGUUACCCCAGCGUAUGGUGGAGUUUUGUGAUAAGUUGAGCCGAAUCUCCUCACCGGACGAUAAGAAACAGCUGGAACAGUUGCAGGAACUGAUGGUACAAAACCACCAGCCGGCUGCAGAACGAACUACCAAGCAAAUCAGUAUUUAUCCUACCAUCAACGAUCUGAAGGAUGGUGCUGCUCCCACGAUGAAUCUGCAGCAAAACAUCGUGAAAGGAGCGUAUCAAAACGUCAAACACUAUCUCGCGGUUCAUUUGAACCUGCUGAAGGAAGACUUUCUCAUCCCGUUACGCACCGGUAUGGAAAAAUAUCGAAAAUUUGUCGAAAGGAAUGGUCCUGGUAAAUCUUUCGCCGGCGAGAACAUUCGCGUGCACUGUCCGGUGAAGCUGUUACUGCCUAGCACCGUGAAUCGGCGCACAGCAAAGGAGCAACUUAUACUGGUCGAUUUAGAUCCGGCCGAGCGUGGCUAUUCAGCCAUUUCUGCCCGCUACAAACGAUUAGCCCUAGCCAACACGAAGCGUUUCAUGAACGGGUCGAUGGUACUGUUCACCGACGGUCCAGAGCUGAACGAACUGGUAGUAGCGGUCAUAAGCAAUCGCGACCCGGCACAGCUGCUGAACGGAUACAUUUACGUGGAACUGAUCCGGCUGGAGCGACAAACAGAACACGAACAGCCGGGUUACGAUAUGAACCUGUUCAACCGGCCCCUGUUAAUGAUUGAGAGUGAAAUAUUUUUCGAACCGUACCAUCAAACGUUCAAUGCGCUGGCCCGUUUGCGGGAAGAUAAUUUUCCGCUCAAAUCGUACAUUGUCGAUGUAACCUUUCCGAGCAAAGGUUUGCCCGGGUACUUGUGUCAGGGUGGUGGGCACCUGUUCAACUACGACGGAAUACCGUUUGAUCUGAAGAAACCGGAUGAGUGGCCAGCGGAAGCGUUGGCAACAGCAGCCGGGAUGAACUCGUCACAGUACGAAGCGUUUCGUAUGGCACUGACCAAUCGCUUCACGCUGAUACAGGGCCCGCCGGGUACUGGGAAAACCUUCAUCGGCUUGCGGAUCGUUGAAACGCUGCUGGCCAACACCAGCGAACAGAUCCUUCUGAUCUGUCUCACCAAUCACGCGCUGGACCAGUUCCUGUGCGGAGUGACACGCUACACGGACAGUAUCGUGCGGAUGGGCGGCCAAUCGAAGCACCCACUGCUGGACAUGUACAACGUGAAGCAGCUGCAGGAGGACGAACGGAUCGAUCGGCGGUUGCGGAUAAGUUAUUACAAUGUGAAGCAAGAGUACCUGAAGCUGGUCGAGCGGUUUGAUGCAUUGCAGCAGGAGCAGGAAACGUCGGACAGUUUGUCCCGGGCAAUGGUUCAAUGUAUGGAAGAAUUGCUGAACGCUUCGCGACGGCUCAACGAACUGAGCCAGCUAAGCACACUGAAGCUGAUACAGGGGUUCCGUGUGGUUGCUAUGACGACAACGUUUGCCGCACGCAAUCGUACCCUGCUGGAGCUGCUCCGUACACCGAUCGUAGUAAUCGAGGAGGCGGCUGAAGUGCUUGAAGCACACAUUGUGUCCGCACUCACACGCUACACUGCCCAAUGCGUACUGAUUGGCGAUCACAAACAGUUGCGCCCGACCACAAGCACCUACGUGCUGUCGCGCCACUAUCGGAUGGAUUUGUCACUGUUCGAGCGGAUGAUUAACAACCGAUUCAGCGUUGCCAUGAUGACCGUACAGCAUCGAAUGCGACCGGAAAUGGCAGAUCUUUUAAGGCCCACGAUUUAUCCUGCCUUGGAGGAUGCCGGUUCGGUUGCCGACCGGCCGAAUGUAACCGGUAUGAUGCGAAACCUAUUCUUUUUGACGCAUACCUGCCCGGAAGGAGGCGAACCGACGACGGAUCUGACGGCCAGCGACGAUGGUGGGAUGGAUGAAAAGUCGAAGAAAAAUCUGUUCGAAUGUCGAUUUUUGCUCGCGCUGUGUGAGUAUCUGCUUGCCCAUGGGACGUACACCGCUGAGGACAUUGUUAUUUUGACCGCUUACAACGGACAGAUGUUGCAGUUCGUUGCGGAGAAGAAAGCCCGUCCCGCCCUGCACGGAAUCCGAAUUGCAGUCAUUGACAAUUACCAGGGCGAGGAGAGUAAGAUCGUUCUGCUUUCGCUGGUGCGCAGUAGUGGUAGCGGACACGCGGCGGCUACCGAUACGAUCGGCUUUCUGGCACACGAAAAUCGUAUCUGCGUUGCGCUAUCCCGUGCCCGGGAAGGACUUUAUGUUGUAGGCAAUAUGACGCUACUGGCCAGGUGUUCAAAAAUUUGGUCCACCAUCGAGAGGAAGCUGCGUGACCAGGGCUCCAUUGGUGAUUCGAUGCCACUGCAAUGUGUGACACAUGGCCAGGCUGUAGAGGUGAAAAUGCCCGAAGACUUUGGGCAAUUCAAAGAUGCAAGAUGCAUUUGUGGCAUGCUUCAAACAUAAAUCUAUAGAUCUCUCCUAUGCUGCUUUUGAAGGCAGAAGUGUGCGCCCGUGAAGGAAGGUAUAACGUGUAUUAAUGUGACAAGAGCAUGAAAAAGCUUCUUUAUGUAUAGGUUUUACAAAAAUUUGACCAGGUCAAAGAAUGAUUAAAAAAAGAAUGUAUUUUAUAACAUUUAAUUUGUUUGAAAAACAAAUUUCUCUAAAACUGAAUAAAACUAUAUAUCUGCAUAGUAAACCUGA